UUUUCCUAACUACCCGUCACCCCCUCGCGGUCGUCCACCCUCUCUUUCUUCCGUCCGUCAUGUCGCCCAGGAGCUCGUCAACGUCGCCGGCCACGUCGCGGAGCGCGUCCGCCCCAUACCCCGCACCCAGGCGCCCGUCGGGGCAGCCAAAGUCAAGCAGGCAGCAGUUCAGCGCGUGCGGCGCUUGUCGCAUGAGGAGAGUGCGCUGCGAUUUGAAGGACCUGCCGUCCGUGAAUGGAUCGCCGCCUGCAUGCUCAAAUUGCAAGGAACGCGGUCUCAAAUGCGUUGACGAGUUCGCAGACGUCAAGGCCGUCAAAUUACUUAGAAGGGGGCGGCGGUUGCAGCAAGUUGAGGCUAUCUACGGCAAAGUCGACAACAACGCAGGACCUGCGCUCGGUGCUAGUGCGCACCGGCAAGUGACGAUACCGAGCCUCCAGCCAGAAUUCUUUAGUUCGCAAUUCUGGAAGCUAUUCCACAUGCAGCGUCCCGUCCUAGAUCCUACAGAGCUUGCAGCUCGAGUGUCGGCGCACGUCAAAGGCAACAAUAGCCUUGGCGCUCCCGGGGAGAUCCUCACGCUGGUCCUGGUUGUCUGGGCGUCCUCUUUCGGUGUCGAUGAACGCGGCGUAUGCGAGCCUUCAUCCGUCGACGAGGACCCCAAUCGAGCCCGCACUCGCAGCGCCAGCACGACGACCAGCGCGCAUGGCCACAAGGCCUGUGAUGCGUCGACAAAGCGGCAAGGCCGGAAAGACCGCACGAUCGCGAUGUUGCGCGAGUUGCUCGAACUCGUCGAUAUGCACGGCCUUUUGCGUAAGCCAUCAUGGGACGGGUGUCGCGCGUUGCUGCUCAUAACGCCGCUUCUUGAGGAUUUUAUUCCUUUGGAACGUAACAACUUCACUGAGGUCGCGCUUAUGCAAGCUCGCGCUCUGUGCUGCUCCCAUGCUGCCUCAUCGCCGCAGUCCCCCGAUCAGACGAUAACACGCCUACGCAUCCUGUCAUACGCCAUCAUCCAAGACGCCUUCACGAAUGGCUUGUCGGGGAAUAGGCUUGUUUUCGAUGAGAUUGACAUCGACACCAUCAAUCGUCUGUCGAUCGCCAUCGGCCACUCGUACUCACCCUACUCGCCGUCGUUCCCCUCCUCCCCAAUGGGCAUGCACUCACCGACCUCCGGCCAAAGUGGCAAUGGAUACCUCUUCAUGAUGCCUUUGCACCUUGCUGCCGUAUGCUGGAAGAUCAACGCGGCCUUGACAAGCGUCUCUGCUCUGCGCCGCAUCGAAGACGGUCAGGGCAUCGAUGCGCAGAGCAUGCGCGAAAUCUGGGAGGGGUUGGAUCGCUGCUGGGAGGAUUUUGACGGCAUACGGUUGAGCGCAGCGGCCAGCGAGGAGAGUGUCUUUGACCUGCAGCGCUUCGUGGGUGCCUGGCAGGUGGCCAUCUUCGAAUGUCAUAACAUCGUUCGGGAGUCCUUGAAGCAAGUGUUGAAUGCGGGGGCGAACACACCUCACAAAUCCGUUCCGCAUAUUGCAUACCAGCUGCAGGAUGUGGCGACGCGCAGGUGUCUCGAGCUGCUCCCGAAGACACUCUCGAUCAUCAAGAUGCACGCCUCACAUAGCGGUAACCACAUGGACAGCUCAGGCCUCUUUCGCUGGGAUACUGGCAUCGUGCGGGACGGCUGCUUCUUCGCGGGCGUGCUCGCCGCCAGCGUGAAGAAGGACGGCGCCGACGACUUCAAGUUGGAGGCCUGUCGCCUGUCUCCGGCCGAUCUGGAGGAGGGCGUCGCACUCACAAUCUCUGCGCUCAGCGAGAUGAACUGGGCGCUGUCCAAGAGCGACGACCGGGAGCAGACGAUCCGCCUAAUCUGGCAGACGAAGUCGUCGAUGCAGUUUUCGACGGGCGACGGGCAGAUGCACUACCGCGUCGAAGCACCUUUUUCGUCGUCGCCGGUCUUCGCGCCUGAUGCGGAGUCCUCGCGGCCUGGGUCUCAGGGCAUGCUGACCGUGCCGACUCAUGUCCACGGUCGUCCUCAACCGCCACCGCUCACUCUGCCCGACGGGCCCAUCCGUGGCAUCGCUUCAGCGCCUACGACCGCCGUGAGCGCUGACGGUAGCGUCUGGUCUUCGUACAGCCCGCCUGGCACGGCUACAUCUGGUACGAACAGCACUAGCACUACUGGCAUGAGCGGAGGAGGCUCACCAAUGUUCGCGAGUCCAGUGUCGACCAUGCCAGUCUUCAAAAGCGACAUGGAGGAUCCGGGCGCAUUCUUUCAGGGGUCGUCCGGUGACCUCGACGCCUUCGGGGUGAUGUCUGUCGACAACAAUCCCGCUUCCGGCGUCGUUGCUGCAGCACCCUUCGACCAUCGCGGUUCCGGCUACAUGGACACGGGCGUUGGCGUCUUCACGCCCGGGACUAUGGGCCCCUCGCCAGGUCCGCCCGAUGUCAACUCCUUCCAAGACGACCACGGUUUCUAUCAUCACUAAUAUCUUGCAAUGUUGACCGCUGCUCAGAGAUCUUGGACUCUUACCGUGUAUGUAUCUUACCCGUCAGUCUAGUCCGUGCUUUCAGCUACUUCCAUUGCUCUCGCAUCCCGCAUGCUUUGCCCCGUGUCCCCCUCUAGAUCAUGCAUCCUUCACACUGUUUUCUAUACAUCAUUCCAUCGCCUGCGCGGAUAUCUGCAUUAUGUCCAUAUCCUAGAUCCCGUUGUUAUCCUACGCUGAAUUCCUAGUGCGCUAUCCGACUGCGUAGCUGCAUACUUACAAGCAUCAAGAGCCCGUCCUACCGUAAUCUGUGCGCCUGCAUCUCCUUAGUUAUCAUCACUACAUAAUUACGCCCCGUACGUACAUAGUCAUUUCGUAUAACGGUAUGAGCUUUGUGCAGCAUUACUCGAGGCGCCUGCGUGCAGGUGCAGCAAUCGCAUGCCCAUGACCUCUU